UUGACAGCUCUCUCUUGCAGAGCCGCAGCCGAGUCCCGUGGGUUCGGGAACCUGUAGCCCCGUUCUCCGCGCGUCCCCGUCCCCCCGUGGCUCUGGCCCUGGCCAUGAAGCGCAUCUUCUCCUGCUCCAGCUCACAGGUGGCGGUGGAGAAAUGGAACCGCCGUGACCAGAAGCUGCUGGAGGCAGUGCAGCGGGGGGAUGUGGGACGCGUGGCCUCCCUGGCCUCGAGGAAGUCGGCCCGACCCACCAAGCUGAACUCGAGUGGCCAGUCCUCGUUUCAUCUGGCAGCCUCCAAAGGCCUGACAGAAUGUCUGACUAUCCUGCUGGCAAAUGGAGCUGACAUCAACAGCAAAAACGAGGAUGGAAGCACUGCCCUGCACUUGGCCACCAUCUCCUGCCAGCCACAAUGUGUCAAAGUCCUGCUGCACCAUGGUGCCAACGAAGAUGCUGUGGAUGCAGAAAAUCGUAGUCCGCUGCACUGGGCAGCCUCCUCUGGCUGUGCCUCAAGUGUUCUCCUGCUGUGUGACCACGAAGCCUUCCUGAACGUCCCAGAUAAUGACGGACGUACACCCCUGAUGAUCGCAUCGCUGGGUGGCCAUGCAGCUAUCUGCUCACAGCUACUGCAGAGAGGUGCCCAGGUUAAUGUCACGGACAAGGAUGCCAAGUCGGCUCUGAUCCUGGCCUGUGAGAAAGGCAGCGCGGAGGUGGCCGAGCUGCUCCUGAGCCACGGGGCAGACGCAGGGGCGGUGGACAACGAGGGGCAUGACGCUCUGCAUUAUGCUGUACGCUCGGAGGACAGGGAGCUCUGGAGGCUGCUCCGGCAGGCCCUGCUCCGGCAGGGGCGGCAGGGAGGUCAGGGGCUUGCUCAACAUCUGGAUCUUACAUCCCAGGCCUCCCCAUCAGAGUCUCUGGUGGGUUCUCCACCCCAGAGCCCGUGGAGAGCGGAGCCCGAGGAAGAGGAAGACCCAUGCCCGGAGGAGUGGAGGCGGAAGUAUGAAGAGGAGCAGAGGAAGGUUUCUCAGUUGGAGCAGGAGCUGGUGCGAAAGACGGAAGAGAGCGAGGCUCGGGCUGCAGCCUGCCUGGGCCUGGAGAACGGGAUUCGAGAGCAGGUGCAGGAGCUGGGGCUUCUCCUAUCACCACAGCCUUGGACUCCAGGAGGGCAGGGCUCUAGUCUCCGGCCUGGAGGAGAUGGCAUGGAGCAGGGUUGUCCCCUGGACCUUCUGGCCGAGCGCAUUCAAGAACUAAAGAAGCAGCAGCAGGCAGCAGCUGCAGCUGCAGCCAAACGGGCGUUAGCUUCUAAGAAAGCAGAGGAUUUGGUCUCGGGGGAGGUCCUGUAUGAAGCCCCUGGAGGGGCCCAACCGGAAGAGCAGGGGCCACCCCAGAGCCCCAGGUCUGAGACCAUUGGGAAAGCCACAGGACAGCAGCUGACCACCGGCGGUGGACAGGCCCUUGGCCCUGAUCACACCGACAAGCCACGUGCUGGCCAGAAAGAGGGGCCCCGGGCCCCAGGGGCUGAACCAGCAGGCACCGCGGCUGCACCAGUGGGCCCCGGAGACGUGAACCAGCUCCUGCUACAACUGAGGGAGGAGCUGGCCGCGGUGUGGCGAGAAAAGGAUGCCGCCCGAGGGGCUUUGUCAAGGCCGGUCCUGGAGGGAGCUCUGGGGACACCCCGGGCCGAGGCUGCGGCGGCUGCCUGGGAGAAGAUGGAGGCCAGGCUGGAGCAGGUGCUGGUGAGGCUGGACAGGGCCAAGGCGGGAUUACCCGUGAGCCCUGACGCCGCUUCCCGGCCCAGAGAGGGAGCCCUGCACGCCGGCCCAGAGACCACCUCCGAAGAGAAUGAAGGGGGGCGGCCAGGGGCUCCUGGGGCUCGCGGAGAGCCUCUAGGGGCCCCCGCAAGGGGACAGGUGCCUGGAGGAGGUCCGGCCAAGGGACGGUUGGAGAAGGAGGUGGCGGCCCUGCGGCUGAGCAACAGUAACCUGCUGGGGGAGCUGGGGCAGCUGGGGCAGGAGAGGCAGCGGCUGCAGGGGGAGCCGCAGUCCCUGAGCCAGCGUCUGCAGCGGGAUUUCGUCCCCAAGCCGGAGGCGCAGGACCAGCUGCGGCAGUUGCGGCGCAGCGUGGGGCUGCUGACAGAUGAACUGGCCGCGGAGAAGGAGGCCACCGAGCAGCUGCGGCAGCGCCUGGCCUCCCAGAGCAGUGGCCUCCGCGGGCUGUGGGACGACCUGCCGCCGGACGUGGUGGGCAGGGGCGUCGCGGGGCGCACGGCGGCCGAACCCCUGGAGGAGCUGCGGGCCUGCAUCCGCGCCCUGGCCGACGGGCACCGCGAGGCCCAAGACUCACUGGCCCGGCUGGAGCAGGAAAACCGGCGGCUGCGCGGGUCCCCCGGCCCCCGCGGGGAGCCACCCGGCACCUUCUCACAGGGCCCAGUCUCCCCCCAGGUGGCCGCUCUGGAGCAGGACCUGGGGAAGCUGGAGGAGGAGCUGCGGGCCGUCCAGGCCACGAUGAGCGGGAAGAGCCAGGAGAUCGGGACGCUGAAGAAGCUGCUGUACCAGGCCACUGAGGAGGUGGCCGAGCUGCGGGCCCGUGAGGCCGCCAGCCUGCGGCAGCACGAGAAAACGCGGGGCUCGCUGGUGGCCCAGGCCCAGGCUUGGGGCCAGGAGCUGAAGGCCCUCCUGGAGAAGUAUAACACGGCGUGCCGGGAGAUGGGCCGGCUGCGCGAGGCCGCGGCCGAGGAGCGGCGCCGCAGCGGGGACCUGGCGGCGCGGGCCGCGGAGCAGGAGCGCCAGGCCGCCGAGCUGCGCGGGCGCUCCCAGCAGUUUGAGAAGACGGCCGAGGUGCUCAGGGACAAGGUGGAGCAUCUCAUCGGGGCCUGCCGGGACAAGGAGGCCAAGAUCAAGGAAUUGUUGAAGAAGCUGGAACAGCUUUCAGAGGAGGUCUUGGCAGUGCGGGGAGAAAACGCUCGCCUUGCCUUGCAGCUGCAGGAUUCCCAGAAGAACCAUGAAGAGAUCAUCUCCGCCUAUAGGAAGCACCUGCUGAAUGCCGCUCAGGGUUACAUGGAACAAGAGGUGUAUAAUAUUCUGCUGCGAAUCCUCAGCAUACAGGAAGAGUGAGGCAGCCGGGGCCCUGAGGGGUGUGCGAUUUCUCCUGAUUUCUCUGUUGAUGUUCUCUGCUGUUAUUCUCCACUGAAAAAAAUAUUGCUCAAAAUACGUCCAUCCGCCCAUGGGUCAAGACCCACAGGUUGAAAAAUAGCACUCUGUGAAAAUGGAGAUCGACACUCUUUCUCUUUCUCAAAUCUGUCUCUAAUCUUUUUUCUCUAUCUUGUGAUUCCUGCGUCCACUAUCUUUUUUUAAGGAGGAGAGACCGAGAGACCUGGAGUUUCUUCAAGAUGUAGGAUCUAAACUAUUUGAUGGUGUGUCAAACCGGGCUUCUAGAUCUGAGGCACAGGGCUCACAUGGUCCGUGUUCUUUGCCCAGGUACCAAGAGGGGUUAAAAGUCUGAUUCCUGGGGAAGGGAGGAAGGGAUACACAGAGCUGGCUUCUUCCCUCCAGUUCUGUUCUCAGACUGAAAACCGUGGAUCUCUCUUGGCCACUUCCCGUGGGUCUCCUCCCCUUCGUGUCCCUCCACCAGCCAGACUGCUAGGUGUGGGAGAGGCAGCAAAUUCCUCCCCAAUCUGGAACUGCGUUUGGCCCCCUCCUUGGUCCUUCUCCCAGCCUACCCCCUGCUGGGUUAGGCUGGGUGGGAGGCCACGGUUUGGCAGUAAACAGCCUGCCUGGGUUGAGAGGAGAGUGUGGAGGGGCUGCUUCGAAGACAGGGGCCCACAGGGCCUGGCUCCAGGGUUUGGGCCAGAAGAGAGCAGCGGGGUGUAGAUCACAUCCUAGAGAGGAUGAGGGUCAGCUUUAGGAUUUGUGCAAAUGGGCACAGGACUGCUUUUGGGUGUGAAGAAUGGAGACCGGAGGGGUUGAUGGAGAAAGAGAGGGUACAGCUGCCAGAGGAAGAGCAUCUGAAAGAUUGAGUCCUUUCCAUUAAGGGGAACAGAACCUCUCUUUUCUUUGAGUUACCAAAGAAUCUCAAAGGACUGUUACAAUCAUUAUUUAUGGAGUGCAGGGUGGGAAGAAUGAAGAAACUGUUGAGAGAGAGGGGUCCAGACAGGGGGAGAUGGUUUGGCUAAGUUCAAGUAUGAGUCAGGAAGCAGCUUCGGUAAUGGGAGCUGAUCCCAGGAUGGCUGAGUUAGGGGAAUGGUCAGUGAUAUGCUAACACAGGAUGGAAUGUUUCCAGCCCCUGGUCUUCCCAAAUGGUGUCCCUCUGUACAACCCCAUAAACUCUUACCCCAACGACCCCAGGCCCUGAAGUUUUCCUUGAUUUCAAAAAUAAAUCUUUCUUUCCCAAAGUAACUCUAGUCCUAAGUUUGUCCCUAUCCCUCCUAGGCUGUCUGCUGAAUGGGGCUUAGGUAGGGACUUCUUACUCUUUUUGCAUCCCCCUUCUUCAGGCGUCAGAUGUAGGGGUAUAUGGGUGAGAGUAGGUG